AUGUCUCUGCCUUUUAGCACUCUUCCCGUCAGCGCCAGGAUAUGCCCGACGCCUUUUAAAGCGGCCAUCCCCAAUGACAAGCUCAGCGAGCUCGAGACGCUGCUGAAGCUCUCCAAGCUUGCACCAGACACUUAUGAGAACUCACAGACGGAUCGUCGCUAUGGUGUCACGUCGGUGUGGCUCAAAACUAUGCGGGAGCAAUGGCUGAAUUCUUUUAGCUGGUAUGCCACCAUUGCCCACGUGGAUUGA